CAGAGGUUUUCAGCUCUGCAUCUGCCUAUCAGCUGCUGCGUUGGAAUAAAGUACGCAUUCCCACCCCACCCUGUCUCUAGUCCCAGCUCCCAGACAGGCACAGAGCUCUCAUGGUGCUGUGGGUGAUUCUCCUCUGUACCUUGGUGUCAUCGCUGCUCGGUGGGCUCUAUGUCCUGGGUGUAUUUCGGAGACAGAGACCCAAUGAGCCGCCCCUGGAGAAAGGUACCAUUCCCUGGCUGGGCUACCUGCUGGAAUUCAGAAAGGACAGCUCAGAGUUUCUCAAAAGGAUGCAGAGGAAACACGGGGAUGUUUUCACGGUGCUGAUCGGUGGCUAUUACUUCACCUUCGUGAUGGAUCCCUUCUGCUUUGGCACCAUCGUGAAGGAAUCACGAUCUAAACUGGACUUUAGGACUUCUGCAAUUCAGCUGGUCAUGCAGGUUUUUGGCUACAAGGCCACCGAAGCCACUCAUAGCAUAGUUCAUACCUCGAGCACAAAGCACCUGAUGGGAGAUGGCCUCACUGUCCUCACACAAGCCACCAUGGAGAGCUUUCGGAAGCUGCUGCUCUUCAACCUGAGCUCAGGAGAGAAGCGAGUGUGGCAGGAGGAAAACCUCUUCCACUACUGCUACAACAUUGUCUUCAGGGCCGGGUACCUGGCUCUGUAUGGCACCGAGCCAUCCCGAGGGGCAGGGAACAAGGAGAAAGCUGAAGAGCAGGAUCGCCUCCACUCCAACCAGCUCUUCCAGGAAUUUCGGAAGUACGACCGCCUCUUUCCUCGCCUGGCCUUUGCUAUGUUGCCUCCCAAGGACAAAAGAGAAGCUGAGCGGCUGAAGAGACACUUCUGGAACGUGCUGUCUGUGAAGAAGGCCUGGCAGAAGGACAAUAUGAGUGGCUGGAUAAGCGAUCAAGACCAGCUUCUGUCAGAAAAUGGUGUCCCCGAGUACAUGCGGGAUCGUUUCAUGUUCAUGCUCCUCUGGGCAUCCCAAGGCAACACGGGCCCAACUGCAUUCUGGCUCCUCUUGUAUCUGCUGAAACAUCCAGAGGCUCUGAAGGCUGUGAGAGAUGAGGUGGAUAAAGUCUCGAGGGAGAGCGGGCAGGAGAUGAAGGCAGGGAGCCCCCCAGUUACCGUCACUAGGGACAUGCUGAACCAGACUCCCCUGCUGGACAGUGCCUUGGAGGAGACCCUGAGGCUAGUGGCGGCCCCGAUGCUGGUCAGAGCUGUCCUCGAGGACACCAGCCUGAGGACAAGCGGUGGAACAGAGUUCACCCUCCGCAGGGGAGACAGGUUGGCUCUGUUCCCACACAUCUCCGUGCAGAUGAACCCAGAAAUCCAUGUGGAGCCUCACAAAUUUAAGUAUGACCGAUUCGUAAACCCAGAUGGCACCAAGAAGGAUUUCUACAGAAACAGGAAGAAGCUGAAAUUUGUCAACAUGCCAUGGGGGGCAGGAGUUUCCACCUGUCCUGGGAGGUUCUUUGCCACAGCUGAAAUGAAACUGUUUGUGUUCUUGAUGCUGAGUCACUUUGACCUGGAGCUGGUCAAUGAGGAGGAGGAGAUCCCAGCCAUAGACAUCAGCCGCUGGGGAUUCGGGACGAUGCAGCCUGUCCACGACGUUCGCUUCAGAUACCGGCCACGCUUUUAACUUGGGGAGUCCUGGUGGUGUUCUUUGUUCUGGUGUCACCUGUGAGACAAAUUGCCUGCUCCCGUGGUUAUCAGACCCGUGUGGUGCCAACACUGAUAUGAUCUUGUUUGCUUAAUGCUUAUCAUGGCUUUUGUUUUAACUUCCUUCAUA